CUUAUCAAAUUUUUUUCAAGAUGAUUUCUAAAAUUUAUUCAAUAUAAUUAUUACUAUAAAAAAAUAGGUGUGUCUUAGGAAGUAGGACCCACCUUUCUAUAUGCGAUUAUACCUCUGAUCUGGCUGGCAUGACGUCUAGUCGUCCACCCUAUUAUCUUUAUUUUUUUAAACAACCCAAAGAUUAAAUACUAAAAACUGGCAAAUUACAAAAUGUUUAAGGGUUUUUAUAAAUAGACAAAUUACACGGUUGAAAUAAGUGUAGCAACUAAUAUAUUGAAAUCCAAGUAUGUAAUAUGUUAGAAAUCCAGUGUAGCAACUAAUAUGUUGAAAUCCAUGUAUUAUGUUUUAUUAUCCUGUUGAAAUCCACUCUAAUGAUAUAACUAGAAAUCAAAAGAAAUUUUAUCGGUCCAUUUUUUAUAAUUAGACAAUAAGUAACCCACAAAGCAGAUUGAAUAUUUAAUUAUUAUUUGUCACUUUAUGAUUGUAACACUUAUUGGAGACCCAGAAUUUCGUAUACCUCAAAAAUUUUGAUGCCAAACCCAUAUCCAAAAUUUUGAGAGUGAAAUUACAACAGAUAAAAUUUUGUUAUUUUGUCUUUACAUAACCUAAUCCAAUUAUUGGUUUUAUAUAAUCGACAUCAUUAAUUUUAUAAAUCAACAAAAUCGCACCAUUAUAACGUCGGGUCUAGCAUCACAUCUUUUGUUACUUUUUAUCCGUCACUUUAGCGCCACGUCAGCCAGACAAAUUUGAACCAAUCAUUCUAAACUCAAAAUACAUAUAAAGAAUGAGAAAAAAAAAAAUACAAAUCUACAAUUAUUUAAUAUAUUGUGUAAAUAAUUACGAAAUAUAUAAUUGGGAUAAUUUGGAUUUACGAUAUUUUUGAAGGACAUAGUUAUGGAGGUUGGGCCGUUUAGUGGACCAUAACAUGCACGAGGACAUAUUUGAUUAGGUCGAUAGAUGUCGACAGAUCACUAUUUGCCUGCUAUUUUGUUUUUAUUUUAAAUACAUGGUCUAAAAUCUCCCUUCCAUGAAAGUGACUCUUUUGAUGUCAACACAACCUUUCAAAUUGAUCACGAGUCUCCUAAUAAUUCAUCGCCAUGGAUUCACUGCACCUUUUUCCAAUAAUUUGUGGCAUAUAUAUACUAUAUAAGUUCAUAUAUCAUCAUAUCAUUUCCUUACACAACUCUUGCUAAAAAAAUCCAAAAUGAAAAAAUCCCAUUUUGAGUUCAAAAUAUUCGGAACAUGUCAAAAAAUAACUGAUGGUAUACAGCCUGAAAAAAUGGUUCAGUUUUCUUCGUUUUUGAAUGGAAUAACGAGAAAUAUUACAACAAAAAACGUGAAGAAACGGAGGAUUAAUUUUGGAAGAGAAGCUACUAAUGCUUUAGCCAAGGAAGCAAGAAAAAAUGGUUUAUUAUUGACUUCUCCUGGUAGCGUUUGUGCAAAUGGAUCGAGUAAUUAUGUGUCCGCUUAUUCUAAAGGCGGGAAUAAAGGAAUCAAUCAAGAUUCCUUCAUUGUGUGGGAGUCGUUUGGAGGGAAGGAAGGUGUGAUGUUUUGUGGUGUUUUUGACGGGCAUGGUCCGUGGGGGCAUCUUGUUGGAAAACGAGUGAAGAAAGUAAUGCCGGCUUAUUUGCUUCACUUUUGGCAAGAAGCUUGUGCUCAAUAUUCGGUGGAUUCGUUAAAAAAUUCAAAUUUUGAUCAAUUUGGUAUGUGGAAGAAAUCUUUAAUGAAAACUUGCUCGACUGUUGAUUAUGAUCUAGAGCUUCAUCCGGUGAUCGAUUCGUUUUUUAGCGGCGCUGCUGCCGUGACUAUAAUCCGAGAGGGGGAUCUUCUUGUGUUAGCAAAUGUUGGCGAUUGUCGAGCUGUUCUUGGAACAACUCAAGACGAUGGUAGCUUGGUUGCCGUUCAACUAACUGUAGAUUUUAAACCAAAUUUACCUCAGGAAAGCGAAAGGAUAUAUAAGGCGGGAGGGAGUGUGUGUGAGUCAGAGGAUGAACCGGGAGUCUCGAGGAUUCGUGCUUCAAAUGACGAGACAUCCGAAGGUCCGGGACUCGCACUUUCAAGGGCUUUUGGUGACUAUUUUGUUAAAGACUUUGGUCUUAUUUCUGAGCCAGACGUGAUACAAACAACAAUAACCGCACGAGAUCGCUUUGUCAUUUUGGCAACCGAUGGGGUAUGGGACGUUGUCUCAAACGAAAAGGCAGUUGAAAUCGUUUCAUCAGCAUCAGAAAAGGACGAAUCAUCAAGAAGACUCGUUGACUACGCGUCCAAUCAAUGGAAGAGGCAAAGACCAGGCUUUUGUACGGAUGACAUCUCAGCUGUGUGUCUGUUUUUCCAUAAUUCAUCAUCUUCUCAACAGAAAUAAUCUUAUUAGAUAAAAACAUUAAUGUUGCAUAUAUAUGGUCAGCAAGUUCUUAUUGCUGUUGUUUUUCAAUUUAAUAAAGUGUUUAUUUAGCAUCAUGGCUUAGUAACUGGAGCAAAAG